AUGGAUAUAACAUCGACGUUGGCCAAUAUUCUUUUUGUCACUACGACACCUAUACCAUCUGUGCAAACUCCUGGAACAACACCGCAGCCGAUAGUGCCAGAACUCGAAGAAUGCUACAACGACCCAAUGUUUACCAUAUUCACAUAUACGGUCGAUGACAUGCUUCUGGCAGCGAGUAUGGCAGCGACAGUAUUUAACGUGAUGGUUAUAUUUUGCGCAAUAAAGCUGUUCAAAAGAAGCGGGGAUACAAUGCAUUUGUUCAUUCUGAACAUGACCGUCGGAGAUCUUGUUUUAACAAUUUUCUGUCAUCCAAAUGAGCUCCUAAUUCGAAAACACGAUUUUUUGCAACAAAAACACCUCUGCGCAGUGGUUCAUUAUUUCAAUUGGAUUGGAUUAGCAGUUUCAGGAUUGUCGUUAACAUUGCUAAACGUAGACAAGUUGAUUUAUUUCCGAUGGCCGUUGAAUUACGACAGAUCAAUGUCGAAGCGUCGAGCAGCGAUGUUCUGUUUAGCAAUAUGGGCGGUAUCAAUUGGAUUUGUUUCUUAUUGCUGGCUCUUCAAUAUUGUUUACAUAUUCCAUCAAGACUGCUCAUUACAGAUGACUCCAACGAAAAAGUUCUAUUACGAAAUAUUCACGAUGUUGUUCUGCGUUCUCCCAGUCACUUCUUCCUUAAUUGUCUCCAUAUAUUUAUUUAAUCUAACAAGAAAAAAAAGAAACUCCGAAAAUAGUGGCGACUCUAGUGCAUUCAAAAACAAGGUAAAAUCUCUUGCGUUUAUAUUUGCGACAACAACAUGGACAUCAUGCAGUCUUCUUCCUUAUAGAAUAGUGAAUCUCGCACGAAUUCAUUUGUUCACUUGGUCCGAACUGAGCUGCGAAGGAAAACAACGAAUGAAUUGGAUUGCCUGGGUUCUUGUCUAUCUACUGACAUUAAAUCCGAUCAUAAAUCCACUCAUUACUUCUUUGAUUUAUGCUCCAUAUAGAUUAACCAUCAAAAAAUUCCUGGUGAACAUUCCCGUGGGAAACCGCCCCCUAUACUCCUACCAACCAGAUGGCCUUCAAUCCGACAGCAGUUUCGUUUCUGUUCGCAGAAAUCGCAACAGACGGUCGUCCUGCACCGAGCUUGCAAGCCUUCGACAAUCAACAGAAGUCGUGCGAAUUUCGAUGAGCGAACCUCCAACAACUCCACUUAAAUCUGACGACAGUUUCUUUUUCGAAUCGAAUUCGCCGCUUGAGAAGAAGCCUCCAAAAAAUUUUAACUCACCUUCUUAA